AUGUCGUCAACCAAUGACCAGCAACAGCUUCAGCAGUCACCCCAACACCAACCCCAGGUCGAGCCGCCCCCAUCGCCAACUGCCGCCCAACAGGCCACCGCCCAUGCCUAUGCCAGCAAUGGACUUCAGGUCCUUCAAGCUGCCUCCGAUGCAGCUGCCGCUGCCGCUCUUCAGAAUGUUCAGCAACACCUGAGCUCUGCUGUCGCCGUUGACGCCCAGCAACAUGAACAACAGACUGUCGAGCAGCAUCAGUCUACCGUUCCUCCUGCUCCGGAAUAUGAACACCAGGUGCAACAACAGACGCCACAGACACCCUCGCAGCCGCAGCCUCCUCAGCUUCAGCAUACACCUCAAACCUCAACAGCACCGGCCCCAUCUGCCUCUCCUAUUGCUAUUGAUGGCUCUCUCAGUACUGUCUCGCAGGGCGCCGUUGCCGCCUUUCCUCCCGCCUUCACCUCGAUGCCGCCCCUGCCCGGUUCCAUGCCACCUCUUCCCCGCGAUCCAACAGUCAACCCCAAGCUGACGCGCUUGCGAAGAGCCUGUGACAUGUGCUCUCAACGAAAAGUCAAGUGUGACGAAUCUGGCCCUCCUUGUAGGCCAUGUCGCGAGCUCAACGUCGAAUGCACCUUCAACCGCGAAUUGAAGAGACGAGGUCCUCCAAAUAAACACGCCGAAGCCGCCCGCGCCGCCCGGAGGCAGCGACUCGAGCCUGGUAAUACUUUCCCAGCAUACGGCCCUGCAAACCCGACACCUUCUCCCCAUAAUGCUGCACAAGCUCUCGUCUCGAUAGCUGAGGGUCCUGCCCGUCUGGAUGCCGAGGCCAUUGCGCCAAUGCCGAUACUUGAGCUAUUGGUCGAUGACUUCUUCACCUAUAUCCACCCACUUACGCCUUUCCCACAUGAACCAACCUUUCGGCACUCUUUCGCGAAUAGAGAAGACCGGACGAACCCAGAAUUCCUCGGCUUGCUGGCUUCCAUGGUUGGGGCCCUCGUAGCCUCCUUCCCAAGAAGUGCCAGACAGCACCUCAAGACCCAACAUAGCACGCAUCUAUUCCCUCGAGCGAUAGUCAUGAUUGAGAAGUGUCGAGACAUUGCCCUCGACACAAGAGGGUCACGAUGGGCUGUCAAGCAACCCAAAACGUUGGACGAUGCCGCUACCAGCUACUUCCUGGGACUUGCUGCUGGCUACACUUUCGAGGUUAACCGCUUCCGCUAUUUCACUUCCGAGUGUUUGUCUUUGAUUCGUGAACUUGGCUUCCACCGGCCAAAACACCCCAACGAGCUGCCUACUUUUGGAAACGACAACUGCUCUCCGGACCCCCUCCCGUUCCAUCAUAUCAAGGAUCAGAUCGGCAAGCGCAUCUUCUGGUGUUUGCUAUUGGGUGUUAGAUCUUUUUCACAGCUCGGUGCUUCACACGCUGACCUGGUCAUUGCCCCGUCGACACCUGGUCUUCCAUAUCCUGCUCUGCCCGAGAAUGUCGACGACAUGUAUAUUAUGGCCAAUGAGAUUGUAUAUCCUUCAGAAAGUUCAGUAACUCUCCUUACUGGGUACCGAUUCGCCAUCGAUAUAUACACGACCAUGAACGCCAUUGUCAGUGUAGAGCUUGUCUAUGGGAUGAGCACCCUGCCGUGGGCUGAUCAAAGGUCACUGUUACGGAACGCCCUAGUUGCCGCCAAGGACAUUAUCGAUCGCCUUCCUACUGAGCUCCAGCUCAGCGCAUCCCACGACCAAUCUAGUGGAUUUGGCACACUUGACGACGCUGACCUUCAAUAUGUACCUCCAGCAUAUCCCAACAGCCAGCCUAUCAAUGAUGUUCGCAACGUCAUCAAGAACCAACCCCAGCGCCGCCGCCAGCUCCAAUAUGAGAUUCAAAAGGCAAACAUCUAUAUUUCUCAGUUAGCGACGCGGUCAUUCUACGUUGAAUUAUACUUUAACCUACGCGAUGUCCAUCUGGCAGACCCAAACAAAGAUGCUCAAGGCGAAACCGUCGAAGAGAACCCCGCGAAGGAAGCUGAAGAUACAGAGGAAGCGCGAGUUUUCGAGUUGAUGACGGCGGAACGAGAGCUCAUUGUACAGAAUCUUCUUCACGUCCUGGGUUCCAUCUCGCAACGCAACCUUGAGCCUAACGGCGGAUCCCUCAUCAACAAGAUUCGUCAGGUUGCUUCGACAUUACUGAACGAUGCACCCGAACGCAAAGGCCCGGUGGCGAUGAAAUCAGAAGAAGCUCUUAUGCGGCUUAUUGACGUUUUACUCAAGCUAGAAGGCACGGGGCCAAGCGGCAGCAACAUGGCUGGCGAGAACAUGACUCCCCAAGAUGAAGAGGAGGAGAUGCGCAACUGGGCUCACUUGCGCGAUUAUCAGCAGCGCUUUGCUGCUCACGGUGGUUUUGCUGGAAACAUUUGA